AUGCCCAUUUUGCUAAGUAAUGCCGGUGUGGGGCUCUUCAUUUGGAAGCUGCAGUCGGACCAUGACUACCAUUACCCUAUGUAUCACCUUUACAACUGGUGCCGAGAUCUUCUACAGCAGCUGAUGCAUUUGUUGUUGGCUUUGAAUUUAUUAACCGUUAUUUCCAAACGUUCUAUCUUCAAAGGUUUACAAUAUGGCGGCGGAGGUGGCGCGGGUAAAUCUUAUGGAUCGAUGGAUGCCCAUAGUACCGCCAUAGUGAUCGAAGCUGAUGAGAGUACACCUCUAUUGGUGGAUCGCAGCAAAUGGGCAUUGCAGCAGUCUGAUGGCAACAACAAUAACAACAACGACGGCAAUGGUUUGAAGGAUAGAGAUGAACAAGUAUCCCUGUGGUCCUAUGGCAGUAAAACCAGUCAAGUGUCGGGCCAGAGUACCAAAUCAUUUCGCAGUCAUUUUUGGGAAUUGAAAGUUCUAAUGUUUGCCAUGUUGCUUAUAUUUGGACUUGGUAUUGCCAUCUAUUUACUUAUCAUAGAAACACGUUUUCCCAUAAUAACAUUUUCCUUGGACUUGGUACAUCAUGAUGUAUGGAGUUUAAAACAAUUACCCAUGGGCCAUAGACUCAAUGCCAAUGGGGUCGAUAGUGUGGUGAUCACACAAACCGGAAGCCAAAGCUGUGAUAAUAUACAUCAAUGUAUACCGCUACUGCAACAAUUGCAGGAAGAACACUCGCAACAAGCAAUUGAAGAAUUGCCAUAUAACUUUUUAAUUGGCCAUGAAGGUGUUGCCUAUGAUGUUCGAGGAUGGAACCAUGAAAAUGGCAUGGAUGAGAUUGAUCAGGAACAUACUCUUGUUAUUGGAUUUAUAGGAAAUUUCGAUCACUCCCCACCGUCACUGGGCCUACUGCAUACGCUGCGAUGUUUACUUAUUGAAUCAGUGAAACGUCGUAAAUUACAGAAAUCCUAUCAGGUCAUUGGUCUCAGCAAAUUCUGUCCCGACUGUCAUUAUGAUGGUCCAAAAACAAAAUAA